AAACCAAACCACCUGUUGAAAACCGUCUUACACCUUGUAAAGUAGUUAAUAGCAAACGGUAUCUUACUAUCUAGUGUGGCGUUGUAUUCAGAAAUCGUUGAUAUUCAACAAUUUGUCUACAUUGAUACAUUUAACUCGUCUUCCGAUUUUAGAAAGGACAUCCAUUGGUGAGCUAAAAUGGAAGGGCCAUCUCUUUUGAUCCUGCUUGUUGUAUGGGUCGCAUUCACUUCGGCUGCUACGACUGUCAAUCCGAGUACCGGGAUCGUGACGGGUAUUUCCACCGAGAUCAUCACAGAAGUCGGAACCACAAUCAUCGAUAACUCGACAACCCGAGCAAGCUCCACCGAACCACAACCUACUCCUUGUGCUGAUGCUACGUGGAUGGUUCGUCAGACUGAUGGAAAUAUCUGCAUGCUCAUGUCCUUUACUGGUACCAUCACCUACCAAGGAAGUAAUAAUGCAGUGAAGGUGGACAUACCAGAAACGGCAUUACCCGCGACUUCAGCAUGUUCUGAAAACAGUGCACUGUUUACGCUUUCUUUUCCUUCCGGAGAGAACAUUUGGCAGAUACAACUCAGUUUCAACACAGAGGGAGGCAAAUACUACUUAAGCAGAGUCUCUUUUGAUUUGAUGACAUUAGAAGGAGUUAUUAUCGACACACAGAAUGUGGAAAAGGAGUUUUUCUCCGUACCACUUGGCGAACAUUACAGAUGUGAUACCGUAGCCUUCGAUCUAGGCACUGCUUUGAUUGAGCUUUCUUCUCCGAUCCUUCAACCGUUUGUUCAGGCCACUGGAGAUGGGUGCGGACUCGGGGGCGCUCAUGAGUGUAACAGCGGCGAGUCGAGCGGAAGUAAUACAGGACUCAUCGUGGGAUGCUGCAUUGCGGGCAUUGCAGGAGUAGCUCUAGGGGGAUUCACCUUCUACAUCGUCAGGAAAAGGAAGAAGAACAACUACUCCAACAUUCGCUAACUAUAACAACUGGUGUGGUGAAUAUCAUUGAAGUGGGAACAACUUAAUUCUGAAUUGAAUAAGAAUUUCCAUCUCAUGCAGUAGACUAUAAGCUGUAAAGAAGCAGAGUCCCGGCGGAGAUCGAUUACAUAAAUUCACUUACAAAGUGAAGAUUAGACUUGUAAUUUGUAAAAGUAUGUGUGUGUUAUGUACUAAUUUAAAUACUAUAAUGAAGUUCUGGCCUGAAACAUAUGCAUAGUUAAUUUGAUACGAUUUUGAGCAUUUUAAAGUUUUGAGCGGGCGCUGUUUAAUUUGUUCACAUGCUGCACAAUAAGUUGAAGUGUCAUAAUAUUACAUAUAAAAUGGUCAUGCAAUUUGGUUAUAGAGAUAUUACAGAUAUGCGAAAUUCACAUAAUGGCGCUUAGACGACGUCACAUUAUGAAAAUGACCUUGGAAAGUUUUGUGUGUCCAGUUCUUAAUAGGGUCUACCAUUGUGAUAACGUUGAAAUAAAAUACAAUUGCUAUUCUUGAGAUAUCUGUUCGACAAGAAAUAUACAGAAAGAAAGAAAAAAAUCUGACGAAUAUAAGAGGUGUUAUGUACGUUAAAAUAAAGAAUGUACAUAUAUGUAUGUGUAAGACUAUAUGAUUUAUUAUCAUUUUAUUAUUAUUAUUAUCUAGCAUUAAACAGCCAAAAAAAAUGUCCUCCUAUUUUAUAUUGCUUUUGGAUUUCGGUCAGUGGAAUGAUUUAAGUACUGGCCGUUUGUAUUUUUUGUUAUUUGACUCCUAUCAGUUAAACGGUAGUUUUAUUGAUAUUCUGAAUCAGAUUUUAUUCUUGAGGAAAACCCGUUCCCUUUAUUCAAAUAGUACAAUUUUUGUCAUGCUCACAAACUGAUGUAUUUAGAUUUUUCCUCCAUAUUACAUUAGAAUGUUUCCGUCUCGUACACCUGCUUUGUUUUGGUCACCACCUAUUUUCUUUUUUUUCUUUUUUGUUCAAAGUUUGAAUUUUUUUUAAGAAGUUGAAGAUUAGAGGAGUGAUUUUCGAGAACAUACAUACGUUGUAAAAAUGAAAAAAAUCACUGUUUUCAUUUAUUUCUCAAACAUAAUGAUUACCCAUAUAUGUCUGUCAUGAAUUUAAAAACUUUACAUGCACUCAUGAUUCUUUGAAAAAUACAUGAAAUUCACAAAAUAUGAUCUAAUACAA